AUGACUACCAUCCCAAGUGAUAGCGGGUUCGAUGUUCAGCUGGUCCCCCCUUCAACAGGCACUGUCCCUAAGCCGCUGUCUCUGUCUUCCUCUUCCGACCCCGCCCCUUCAUCCUCCCAUAGCACAAACAGCACAGCAGCAGCCACAAGUAUUCCAAGGACCAGUUUUCUGACUCGCUCAGGAGCAAUACUAGACGGGUUCCCACCGUCAGCCUCCCACAGCACCGGAUCGCAGUCGUCGCAAGGCACGCCGCUCUACUACGGCCACAUGACGGGCUCGUGGCCAACGCCGGGUUUAUCGCAGGCUCCGGCGUACGCGUACCAAAAUGCAAACUCCGGAGCCCCUGGCUCAGGUCCGCUGGCCCAGCCUCCGUACGCUCGAUCACCGGCAUCAUACGGAUCGGCCCCCUCGCCCUCGCUCCCGCACUUCCCCGGCCACCCCUCUUCCUCGGCUCCCAACGGAGAAUCCAUAUCCGCGCAACAGUCGUACCAUGAUCCGCAAGGAGGGAACCAAGAGUCCGGGCUUAACCAGUCCAUGCUCGGCAACCCAACUUCAAAUCCAGCACGACUGGCAGCACCAGGACAUAGCACAUCAGUGGGGGGUCCGUCAAUGGUGCACGAGGGAAGCUCUUACCGCCAGCCGCCUACGCCGACCAGCUAUUAUCCACCGAACUCGGCGGCGCAACAACAGUCUUUCCCUUCGUAUGCCUCACCCGUGACACAGCCUUCACCGACGGCUGCCUCGCCAGCCACUACGUCGGGUCCUCUUUCACGGGGGCCGACCUCGAUAUCCGGAAUGGCCCCGCCGGUACAGUAUUCAGGCGGGCGCGCUCACCAGAUGCCGUCCAUGACAUCCUAUGCAUCAUAUAACUCAAUCUCCGGUCCAGUGCUGAGCAACAUGCAUCAUCCGGGCGCUCCCGUAGCUAUGGUUGGCAGCAUGCAAGGGCUUCCCGGCUUCAGCCACCAUCAUGGGCUAUCCCCGCAUCAUCCGCAUCAGCUGUAUGGCCAUCACCCGGGCGGUCCGCCACCGCAGUCGGAGCGCCCGUUCAAAUGCAACGAGUGCUCGCAAGCUUUCAAUAGGAAUCACGAUUUGAAGCGGCACCAGCGGAUACACCUGGCUAUCAAGCCGUUUCCAUGUGAUGACUGCGAUAAGAGGUUCUCUAGAAAAGAUGCGCUGAAGCGGCAUAGACUCGUGAAGGGAUGCGGCGGCAUUUCGCCUACAGAUGGGUCCGGCGUUGCAACAAGCGCCAACGGAGACUCCCCUCACGACGGCGAUAUUGCCAGAAGCGCCGAUCGAGACGGCAGCCCGUCGCAAGGGAAGAAGGAGCCUUAA